UAGUGGUGGCGACCACUGACCAGGCAAAGGCGGUUGCUCACUGUUGCUUAACACCUACGGCUGGCGACUGGCGAGUGGUUGGUUGCGUUUGCUUUUUGCCCCCACUAAGAGCCACAGCCUUUUGAUUCAUACACAGCAGAUCCGGAAAGCGUUACAAUGCAGAAUUGGUUCUCGGGCGGUUUUGGUGAUAAUGAAAAUUCCGUCCAACGAACGGCGUCGUCAUCGUCGUCUUCUCUGCUUGCAGAUUGGAAUUCAUACGCAACAGCUAGAUCUUCCGAAGAGAGUAGCAGCGGGGCCUCCCUCGGCGGUGUGUUCGAUAUCGAAGCAGCUGUGAGGUCCGCCAACGACACCGUAUCUGGCACAUUCAAUGUGGUUACAAAAGGAGUCAAAGAUUUGCCUGGGAAUUUCCAGUCUGCCACGAGUAGCAUCCCUUCUGGAAAAGCACUCAUGUAUUUUGGCUUGCUCCUGGGGAGUGGAGUUUUCUUCAUUUUUAUAGCAUUUACUUUAUUUCUUCCGGUGAUUGUGCUGGUGCCUCAGAAAUUUGCCAUCUGCUUUACUGUUGGGUGUGCCUUCAUCAUCGGAUCCUUUUUUGCCCUUAGAGGUCCAAAAAAUCAGUUUAACCACAUGUUCUCAAAGGAGAGGCUUCCUUUUACAUUAGGGUUCAUCGGCAGCAUGAUUGGGACUAUAUAUGUCUCUAUGGUGCUUCACAGCUAUGUUCUAAGCGUGCUCUUUUCUGUGCUUCAGGUCAUGGCACUAGCAUACUAUGCUAUCUCUUAUUUUCCUGGUGGAUCAGCCGGACUGAAGUUCCUUUCAGCAUCCAUAACAUCUUCUAUUUUGAAGUGCUUUGGGAGGUGACAUUUGCAAUGCGUUUUUGUAGUUGUCUCUCUUAGCAAAAAGGAUGUGUAUACUUGAAUUUUUGGUCUUUGAUCAUGAUUUUCACUUCACAUCA